GAACAAUUUAGUCUGUGUCGUAUUCAAAAUAGUCUGUUAUCUAUCGUUUCAUAGUUACCCUAGGUAAUACGCUUGACAGACGAAACCAAAUGUUGGAUAACAAUAGUUUUUGUGCAGUACAUAUGUGACGUUUUUUUCUGAAAAAUCUGAAAAAGGUUCUUUAAAAAAAACAUCGAUACAUUUUGUUAACAUAAACGUGCAAACGAUACUCAUAUUACUUUCAUUAAUAUAAUGGAGCGGGUUUUGUUUUCUUGUGUCCUGUGUGUUUUGAUAUGCAGUGUGAAUUGCUAAGACGAGUUAGCCAUUGACUUCUUCAUGCAAAGGGUUGACAAUUCUACGUACCUCGUAACUGAGCCUAUGGUGGAAAGUAGCAGCUUGGAAAGGUUGCACAUUGUGUGCAAGAUAAACAGUAUCCCAAAUAUUCUUGGGUUCAAUAGCAUGAACAUUUACAGAGUAAAUAAGAAUGGAAAUAUUGAACAUCUGGCUACAAUGCGGAGUUCUUAUCCAGAAAUACCUGGGUAUCAAAGACCUGAACUAGUUCAAAGCAGUUCCACUAUGCAGGCUGUUGGUGUGUACAAUGAUAAGAAUCCGACUCUUGGAAUAUCAGUACCUGUGGCGUCUCUCACCUGCAAUGAUGGGCUUAUGUACAACUGCUCUCUUGUUUAUGACGAAAGACAAGGAAGCAGUACCCCAGUGACAAAGAUGUCUUCAGUGGCCAGAAACCUCACAGUGUCAGUCCAGCCUAAAGAUGUGGAGUUAAGGGCAUUCAAUCAAUCAUCAUCAUUGCCGAUGGAAAUUCUCAACGACAGUGGAACAGUUUCCACCAAUAUGGCUUCAUUUAUGGUCGGCCAAAUGGUUAAACUGACCUGCAAGGCAAAUUUUGGUACACGCAGCAAUGGACUCAUCUCUUGGAGAAAGAGUAGCAUCGUAGCUGGGAGUGGAAUAGCCGAUUACAUUCCAAACAAUAAUGAACGUGAAGAUGGUCAAGUUGUGGCCAAUGGUUGCCAGUUUGAGAAAACAGACAGCAUCAUGUACAACAUGACUGAACAGGAUGCGAUCAGAACAUCCAACAAUCCACUUCAGUUCCAGUGCUACAUAAGUAUUCCUGGCUCUUCUGUUGCUCUUCCUGAGACCACAGUGAAGAAUUUCUACAUCAAAGUCCAUAAUGUAAAUGAACCAACCACAGUUGGCUUGACAACAGCAGUGUCCACCACAACUGAAACUACAGUUAAAACCACCACAGAUGCUCCAAUAGAUAAAAAUACAUCGACAGUGAACUCCGCUUCUGGUGUUGCAGAGGCGGUGGCUGGUGCUGUCGCGCUUUUACUGCUGUUAAAUGUGCUGCUGUUGUCCUGACUUGACCAUGAAGAAAGAAUGCGUCCCAUAAACAUUGAGUUGAUUUUCAGUUAAUAUAUUUCAAAGACUUUCACAAAUAUAAACGUUUAUAUGAAAAUGAACAAAGUAAUGAGUGAGCUGUAUAAACAACUAUGAACCCAGAAACUGUAGCUGUGUACGAACAUAUACAUGUGUUUAACAUUUGUCUAACAUAUGGUAAUUGUCAGUCAACUGCUUGUAUGUUCGCUUUUAUGGUGUCUGAACAAAGACGCUUGAAUCCUAACAUUACGUCGACUAAAAUAAUAAUUGACUUGAGCAUUCUUUAUUUCUAAGUUGUAUGCCACACACUGUUAUGUAAUAGCAAAUAUUAGACAUAAAUCACA